GGUGACGUCACCGGCCGCCGUGACGCACGGCGCCGCCGCCGCUCCCCUCCGCGCGGCCGUUUCCCUCCGCGCCGCCGCCGCAAUGGGGAAGAAGUCCCGCAGCGCGCCGGGCCGACGGCCCAUCCUGCAGCUCUCCCCGCCGGGGCCGCGCCGGGAGGACGCGGGGCCCUCGGGGCAGGCGGCGGAGGGGACGGAGUCGGGUUCGGAGCCGGACGAAGCCGAGGCGGUGCCGGAGCCGCCCCGCAGCGCUCCCAACCCGCCGCCCCCCGCGCCCGCCGCCGUCAAACCCACAGGUGGGCUGUGCCUGCUGGGCGCCUACGCCGACAGCGACGACGAGGAGGGGGAAGGCGGCGAGAAGCCGGCGCGCCCCGCCGGUGCCAACGGAAACAGCUCGACCGACAUCGACAGCACGCUGGCCAACUUCCUGGCGGAGAUCGACGCCAUCACGGCCCCCCCGCAGCCAGCCGAGCCCACCCCCGCUGCCGCCGCCCCGCCUCCCACCCCUCCCCGCCCGGAGCCUAAAGAGCCGGGCACGGCCGCCGGCACCACCACCGCCAACGGCACAGAUGCGGCCGCGGCCCCCGAGUGGCAGUAUGACACGCAGUGCUCGCUGGCAGGAGUGGGAGAACUGGAGAUGGGCGACUGGCAGGAGGUGUGGGAUGAGAACACCGGCUGCUACUACUACUGGAACACGCAGAGCAAUGAGGUGACCUGGGAGCUGCCGCAGUAUUUGGCAGCCCAGGUGCAGGGCCUGCAGCACUACCAGCCCAGCAGCACGGCAGCGGGCACCAAUGGGAGCUUCACAGCAGCUGCUGAGCCCUUGGCACAGGAGAAAACGGGUCCAGUAAGCGCUGCCAGACCCGGGGCUAAGCGGGAGGUGAAGAAGGAAGUAAAUGAAGGAGUGCAGGCGCUCUCCAACAGCGAGGAGGAGAAGAAAGGGGUGGCUGCAGCCCUCCUGGCGCCGCUUGUGCCGGAUGUGGUGAAGGAGGAAGAAGAACGCUGGAGGAGAAAGGUGAUCUGCAAAGAGGAAGUUGAGCCGCCCCCAGAAGAGGAGGUGAAAGCAGAGGAAGUGCCAGCUGCCUCUGAAGAGCCCAAGCCGGGCAAGGAUCCCCUGGAGGACACGCUGCAGGAGGAGCUGUGCAGUGUAGUACAGUCGGGGGAGAGUGGCGAGGAGGAGGAAGAGCAAGACACGCUUGAGCUGGAGAUAGUGCUGGAGAGAAAGAAGGCAGAGCUGCGUGCUUUGGAGGAAGGAGAUGGCAGCGUUUCAGGCUCCAGCCCGCUCUCUGACGGGAGCCAGUCGGCCUCGCAGGAUGCAACCCGCAGGCUGACCUCAAAGCGGGGGAAAUGGAAACUGUUUGUGGGAGCUGCCAGCCCUGAUUCUGCUAGUCGAGGCUCCAGCAAAACGGGCCGGGAGAGCCCGGAGGCGGGAGAAGCAGCUGUGAGCACAGAAGCAGCUGAUGGGCCUUCAGACAAAGACGCAGAGUCUGAGGAGCCCCAGGAGAAAGUCAAAGCACAAGUGGCACCAAAAAUAGAAGAGGAGGAACAGGACCUAAAGUUUCAGAUCGGAGAGCUGGCAAACACUCUGACUAGUAAAUUGGAGUUCCUGGGCAUCAACAGACAAUCUAUCUCCAACUUCCACAUGUUGCUGUUGCAGACAGAGACCCGCAUUGCAGACUGGCGAGAAGGUGCUCUCAAUGGAAACUACCUCAAACGCAAACUCCAAGAUGCAGCCGAACAGCUAAAACAAUACGAAAUAAACGCCACCCCUAAAGGCUGGUCCUGCCACUGGGACAGGAUCUCUGGAUCACCUCUUCUGACCAACAGCUCUGACAAAGGACAAACUUCAACUCAUCGCCGGAACGAAGAACAAGAUUUCUGUCUCCUGCCAGCAGGGAGCAUAGGCGCUAUUUCUAUGUUAACGAGCACUCAGGAGAGUCGCAGUGGGAGUUCCCCGACGGAGAGGACGAAGACGAAGGACAGCAGAGCGCCGACAGAAAGCCCGACGGUCCUCCCAAACCACCUCCCAAAGAGAAAGGAGAGCAUCCCGGCGACGCCACUGAGAGUUCAACAGUCCUCUGUCCCGGUCCUCCAACCUCCCUUGCCUUUGGAAAUGCCUCCGCCGCCUCCGCCUCCGCCUGACUCGCCGCCGCCGCCGCCACCGCCCCCACCACCUCCUGGAGAAGACGGCGAGAUCCAGGAAGUGGAGAUGGAAGAUGAGGGGGGCGAGGAGCCGCCUGCCCCGGGGACGGAGGAAGAUGCUCUGCUCAAGCCUCUCCUGCGCCCGGCUGUCAGCAGGAGCCAGGGCGCUGCGGAACCCAGCCCCGCACUGCUACUCUCCGCCAAGCCCCAGAAGCGGAAAGCCGCAGAGAUGAACCCGGAGCUGAUGCAGCGAACGGCCACCAUCGGCAGCUGCCCCGUCAUCUACAGCCAGCCCCUGAUGGCCGCUAGCAAGUACCAGCCUUCGCCCGUGCCCCUCACCUCCCUGAGGCCGCGCCAGCGCCUGCAGGGCGAGAUGCAGAGCCGUGCCAACCUCCGCCUGCCGCCAGGACACGCGGUCCCCCAGCCAUCCAGCAUGGCCAUGCAGCCCGGCUACUUGGGUGUGACGGCGCCCGCUGCGCCAUCCGUCAUGAGCUACUCUGAGUGCGCCAUGCCCGCCGGCCUUGCUGCAGUGCCACCAGCCCCGGCACGUGGCUCCCUGCCUGCCACCAGCACUGCUGAGCAUCCGCCUCCCCCACCUCCACCCCAGACACCCCCGCCUCCCACACCCAAAGCGCCGCCGCCGCCAGAUAAACCUGAAAAGCCAAGGAAGGGGAGGAAGGAGAAGAGCAAGAAGGGCAAAACAAAGAUGCCGUCACUGGUAAAGAAGUGGCAGAGCAUCCAGCGGGAGCUCGAUGAGGAGGAGAACUCCAGCUCCAGCGAGGAGGACCGGGAGACAACGGCGCAGAGGCGCAUUGAGGAGUGGAAGCAGCAACAGCUGCUCAGUGGCAUGGCGGAGAGGAACGCCAACUUCGAAGCGCUGCCAGAGGACUGGAGAGCACGGCUGAAGCGGAGGAAAACUGCAUCUAGCACAUGAAGCGUACACGGAGCGCUGUUUUUUACAGUUGUACAGUUUGGAGCCCUUUACGACUCAACUGUUGUCCAAUAAAUUGUAGCAGUUUGGGA